AUGGUUGCUACGAAGGCAUUGCGUCUUCGCUGGACCGUCCCUCCGGCUAUUUUAAUUGCAUUGGGCAGUGGGGCGCUUUAUUCUACUAGUGGCCAGACCCAGUACUACAAACAUGCUGUACUACAAUCCGAUCAAUCAGCUCAGUUUUCCACGUCUACAAACUACCAUGCACAGAGACGAUCUGGAAGAUCACCAUCUGUGAGCUUGCAGGGGAGCAAUGGGACAUCAAGCUCCGGAGACCAUAGCGAACCAGGCUCAAUAUGGACGAACAUAUUACAGAAGUUCGACGGAGUAAAGCAAACGGUGGGUUCGACUGAUUGGAUCGAGAUUGACAGCUUGAAAAAUUACAUCAUGCCAGACUGGGCUCGGUUGCUUCCAGCGACAGUCCAAAAGCUCCAGCGUGAGCUCUCAAUGGCCCCCGGUUCCCUUGCGGAUGAUAUCUGGAAGGAGGCCCAUGAUCCGGAUAUCAACCCAGAAAUAUUGCAAAAUGCAAGAGUUCGGGUGGGAAAUGACCUAUGCAGAGAGGAAUUGGAGUUCAGGCGGAAAAGACGGGAGCACGGGGUGAGAGCACUUGCAUCCUAUCUGGGCAUACCUGAAGAGGACAUACAUCCCGAUGACGUCCCUAUCAUUGCAAUGUGCGGUUCGGGAGGUGGUCUGCGGGCGCUUGUCGCUGGGACUGGGUCAUACUUGGCCGCUCAGGAGGCCGGCUUGUGGGACUGUGUGACUUACACCGCCGGUGUCAGUGGCAGUUGCUGGUUGCAGACCCUGUAUCAUUCAUCCAUUACCGGGUGCAACUUUCAAAAAUUGAUGGAUCAUCUAAAACACCGGCUAGGUGUACAUAUAGCCUUCCCACCAAAGGCUCUCAAUGCAUUGACAACCGCCCCUACCAACAAAUACCUCCUCAGUGGGUUGGUUGAGAAGUUGAAAGGCGACCCUGGUGCGGAUUUCGGUUUGGUAGACAUAUACGGGAUGUUGUUAGCUGCGAGACUGCUUGUACCAAAAGGAGAGCUUGGAGUCUCGGAUCGAGAUCUCAAGCUGUCCAACCAGAGAUUCAACCUUGCAAAUGGGGCUCAUCCACUGCCUAUCUACACCGCCGUCCGACAUGAGAUCCCGGUCCUUGAGAGCGACGAAGAAGGCCGCCAAAAGAAGCAACCGACGCCAGAGAUGCUGAUAAAAGAGUCUCAGGAUGAAGCAUGGUUCCAGUGGUUUGAGUUCACGCCAUAUGAAUUUUUCUGCGAGGAGCUCGGUGCGGGUAUACCCACAUGGGCUCUAGGAAGACAUUUCAAUGAAGGAGUCAACCAAAUCCCAAAGGGACACUAUCCAAUCCCUGAACUACGUGUCCCGGGUCUCAUGGGAGUUUGGGGGAGUGCUUUCUGCGCGACCCUAUCUCAUUAUUACAAGGAGGUACGGCCCCUGGUACGAGGCAUCGCCGGUUUUGGGGGCAUAGACUCUCUGAUCGAAGGGAAGAGAAAAGACUUAGUCCGAGUCCACCCGAUCGACCCUGCUACUAUACCGAACUAUGUACUAGGCAUGAAGGAUAUUUUGCCGCCAUCUUGUCCGGAGUCGAUUUUCCACAGUUCACAUCUGCGGUUAAUGGAUGCGGGAAUGAGCAAUAAUCUACCCAUUUACCCACUACUCCGACCCGGCAGAGACGUGGACAUCGUUGUUGCUUUUGACGCUUCAGCCGACAUAAAACAAGAAAACUGGCUUUCCGUUGUCGAUGGGUACGCACGACAACGAGGUGUCAAAGGUUGGCCAAUUGGAGCUGGUUGGCCGAAAGUGGGGACGAAGGUGAAGGAAACAGAGGAAAAGCUCCGCGAGGCCCAAAACAUCACCGAGGACGCGCUCAAUGCAAAGAUACGGGAAGCCCAAGACAACGAUAAGAACACUAGGAGCAAUGGACAGGACCCAACAACAAACUGCAACGAGAGUCUCAGCGACCAAGACACAGAUCUAGAUUACUGCAACGUCUGGGUCGGAACCACCCAAGAGAAAGUUUCCGGUGAAGAACCACCUCCAUCAAAGCGUCUUUUCCAACCCAGACACAAGGACCAUUCGGAGUCCGAUUUCCACCUAAUGCGCCCUGACGCAGGUAUCGCCGUCGUGUAUUUCCCUCUGCUUCCAAACCCCUCUGCCCCAGAAUUGCCUUCCAGUUCGUCGCUAUCUAAACCCUGCCCCCCGGCUCAACAGUCAGAGACAAAGUCUUCUGCCAAGGUCUCCGAUCCAGCAAAGCCCCUGACACCGCAUCCUGGCUCCAUUAAUCCGGAUGUUGACGACUUUCUCUCCACAUGGAACUUCGUGUACAGCCCCGAACAAAUCGACUCUGUCGUCGGCCUUGCCAAAGCCAAUUUUGCUCAAGGCGAGGAACAAGUGAAACGCGUGGUCCGGGCCGUUUAUGAGCGCAAGAAAUCUGACCGACUGCGGCGCGAGGAAGAAGAGGCUCGACGAUGGAUGGAAGGGUUUGUGCCUCUUUGA